GCGAGCUAAACAUGCGUGGGUCCGCAGCGGUUGUCACAUAAAAAUGACCCCUGUGCAACCUUUGCAGCUGCUGAAACAUCCUCGUAUAGUUUUACAUCGGCUAAACAUUACAAAGGUAUAAAUAGUCUCCUAAGUGGCAGAACAUCUGUCAACCAACCCUAUUUCAGAGAUGCCAGCAGGUGUAUCUUGGCCAAGAUACCUAAGAAUGUUUGCUGCCAGUGUGUUGUCAAUGUUUGCUGGAGCACAGGCUGUUCAUCAGUAUUACCGUCCAGAUUUGACCAUUCCCGAGGUCCCACCAAAGCCUGGAGAACUGCGAACAGAACUUCUUGGUUUGAGAGCAAGACAGACAGACUCAGAGAAUCAAUGACCCAUUUGGGAUUACUGUAUAUAUGCACAAUGGUGUUAAAUGUGUCAGAUAUAUUUUUCCCAAAGCCUGUGUAAAAUUAUAAAAUAAAUUCUUGUUUAUACUGUGAAUAAAGUUAUUUGUACUUGUUCUUGUUCUUUGUCUUCGUUAUCAUGUAAAACACUUCAUAGUUUGAGACUGUUAGUUAGAAGAUUUUAGUUAAUCUGAAAUGGAAAUAAAUAAAUGCUGAUCUUUCUGUUAAAAA